AACCGUCUCGCCCGGUCGCACGCACACACGCUCACGUCCAGUCGCCGAAUCGCACACGCGCGCGCGCGCACACACAGACGAAACAGCUCGCCUACACGCACGCCGCCGACGUAAAGCCGAAAAUAACAUUAAUAACUCGACGGCACGACCGACCGAGGCUCAGUCGCUCUACUCGCUCAGUACAUCGCCGCCGUCGUCCGUCGCAUCCCGGAGGAGCGCGUGUCGACCGCACGCGGCAAUUUCAAAUGUUCCGUAAUUUUCACCGAUUCUUAGCCCGUCACAUUUGACACCGCGUCGCCGACGGUUAUUUAUAGUCCAUAUUUUUAUAUUUCGGACUCACUAUUAAUAAUUAAUAUUGUUGCAAUCGUAUCGAUUCGCGACAAUCAACUUUUUACCACCGACACUAAUCGUAUAAUAAUAUUACGUUUUAUUUUUUAUUUUUGUAACGCUACAACUCCGAAAACAACACUCCACCGCCGCCGUCGAUAAUACGUUUAUUAUUACAUAACGAAAUAAUAUAAUAUAUUUGUAUAAUUUGUCAUACACAUUACACACACAUACCUACUACCUACCUACCUAGUACCAACGCGCACUCGCGAUGAGCUUCCUAAAGUACACAUUCGCAUUGGUUUCGGUCGUUUUGGCCGCCGACACGGUACGAGCAUGGGAUUUAAGCGUGGUGACUCCAGCUCAGAUUCAGUUCCUUACAAAAAAUGUCGUAGAGAAUACGGCGGCCGACAAGUUGAAAAACAUGGGUGCCAUUGCGUAUGAUCCUAUUAAAAAAGACGUAUAUGUCAGCGACGCCAACCAGAAAGUCGGAAGUAUAUUCCGGUUAAAGACUACCGGCGAUACAGCGUACACCAUCAUCGAACCUAUCGUUGCCAAACAAAACGUUACUGUACUGGGUAUGGUGUUCGACGAUCGUACGUCCACGCUGUACUGGACUACUGGCAACGGGCUGACCAUCAACUUUGUUCACGUACCGGAAAAUUCGACCAAGGUUCCCCUCACAGGACACGUCCUAUUCAAGUUCAAAGAUGCAAUACCCCAAGGUAUCGCGAUCGACACGUGUCGGGGGUAUUUGUACUGGACGAAUUGUAACCAUCUAAAUGCUACCAUUGAACGGUCCCGUCUGAACGGGUCGGACCGUCAAAUCAUAGUACACGAAAACCUAUUCCAGCCUUUGGGCAUCGCAGUCGACGUGGAACGCAACUUAAUCUACUGGAGCGAUGAGCACGAGGGUCUGUACUAUAGCAUCGAGAGCAGUGACCCAGAUGGUGGUAACCGGAGGACGCUCAUUCACGGCACACACCACCAGCCGUUCUCUAUAGCGGUGGACGAAAAGGACAUCUACUGGAGCGAUUGGAUUAACAACGCCGUGUGGACAAUGCCCAAGGACUCGUUCCAGGGGGGCGUGCAGCCGUCCUUAGUCGCCAAGUACGAGAUGAUCAGCACGCCGAUGGGUCUGAUAACGCCCACUGGCAACACUACCAUGAUCAACAGCACGUAUUGCGCGAUGCACAGGUCAAAAGACAUCGAAGUGACGACGACGGAACUGACGCCGGAACUGAUCCCGUACGACGUGCUGAGGAACAUUUGCAAGAACAAGGGCGUGUUGCACGCCAACGGGACGUGUACGUGCGCCCCGGGAUUUGAGGGCGAAUACUGCCAGACGGGCGUGUGCGACGGUUACUGCAAGUACGGAACGUGCUCGCUGUCGGACGCGGGACAGCCGACGUGCCAGUGCUCGGAGACCAGUUACGGCGACCGGUGCGACAAGCAGCUGUGCGCGGGCCGGUGCCAGAACGGCGGCGAGUGCACGAUGGACAUGGCUGGCAAUCCGCACUGCGAGUGUCCUGUCGGGUACGCGGGAGACACGUGCGAGUACAAAGCGUCCUGGCUGAAUGACGUGUGUUCGGUGUACUGUCAACACGCCUUGUCCAAACAACAACAGUCGUCCGUCUGCAGGUGCGAAGAAUACAGACAGCAGUUCGAUUACUCGGAAAUGGCUAUGCUCAAUCAUUCGGACAUGUCACCGUGCAAGCUCAGCAAGAGCAUGGUGGCCGUGAUCGCCAUACUCACGAUGUUCGUCGCCAGUCUAAGUACCAUAACCAUAGUUCUGGCCAGGAAAGUGCGGUUGUUGGGCCGCCGACCCAGAAUCAAGAAGCGCAUUGUUGUGAACAAGAGCAUUACGCCGUUGACAUGCCGGCCGCCGCAACAGGAAAAUCAACAGUGCGAGAUAACUAUCGAGAACUGUUGCAACAUGAACAUUUGUGAAACGCCAUGUUUCGAACCAGAUUUUCGGUCGCCCAAGAUGGGAGGUCUGUUGUCGUUAGGCAAGUCGAAAAAAGAAGACAAAGCCAACUUGUUGAGUAAUACGGACAUGUCAAGCGAAGACGAAAAACCGUUGUAUUGAUAUAGUCUGCUAGAAAAUUGAAAUGUAAUUUAUUCGUUUUUACUUAAGGGGCUGUAUAGGUACCUAUAACACGUUGUGCUUUGUUGUUGUCGUUGUUGUUAAAGCUGGACAAAUUUGUGAUAUUCUAUAUUGUUCCAAGCCAUUCGGUUUCCAAUUUUUUUACGAUUUUAAGUACCGAAGACAGUAUCGUUUAGAUCAUUAUACUAUUAUUUUAUUUCGUUGAAGAAAAAUACUUACACGAAAAGCUCGAUUUAUAUAGCUAGUAUUUUUUUAUUGAAACGUAUUGUGUGUUUGCGAAAACUAUAAUGUACCUACUACAAGUAGGGUUUAUGUAGUUCUGGUUUACGGUUUCUGGUUACGGUUUAUGGACGUAUUACACGUCUGACUCUGAAUGUAUGUGCAGCUUUUUAUUCUUUCCAAUCGUGCAGCCCCCCCUCCCCAAAUCCAUAUAAUUCUAUUAUUAUUUUAUUUUAAUAUUAUUAUUUUAUUAUUAUUAUUAUUAUUAUUAUUAUUUUUUUUUUUUUAAUAAACUGUUUUUAAUACAAGACUGGAAAUUUGUAUCUUAAGUAUUUUUUUUUUUCGUUUUAUUGUUAAAACUAGUGAAAUUAGUGUAUUGUCGUUACAAUAAGUAUUUGUAUUUACUAUAUUUUGUAAAUUAAAUAUUUAUCUUUUAAAAUAAAAUCAUAUAUUUAUGAUAUGUAUGUUAUAUAAUAUUGUUAUAUAUUAUAUUAUACCUACAUACUGAUAAGUAUUUGCGAAUUUUUUUGUAAAACGUCGCAUAGUAAUAUAAUAUACGUAUUAUUAUUUAACUCUUAAAAAAACGUUUUUUUUUUUUUUACGUUCGAAUAAUAUUAUAACCUAAUCUAAUUUAUUUCUAACCACAAACCAUGUUAUGUUCAAUUCUCGCUUAAGAAAGACUUAAGUUUAAUCCGUUGUGAGAUUCCCUAUAUGUAUAAAAAAUGUUAUAUCCAUGGUAGAGAAAAGAGGGGCGUUGGGGGUAAAACCCUCAUCUAAUAUAUAUAUUUUUUUUAUAUUAGUUUAUAAAUUAUUAUAGAGUAUUGAUUUGUCAGAAAUAUAUUUGAUUGAUUUUUUUUUCAA